AUGGGGGACCUCGGUGCUUGCUUUGUCCAUUAAUUUUUACAGUCUAUGCGAAGACCCCAUUUUACAGUCUAUGAUCUGUGCUCUGAAUCAAAGGCUAACUUCAACAUCAAGCGAACGCGGAAGUAGAGGUUAAAGUUUAAAAGAAAAACUUUUCUGACAUUUUUUGCGUAGUUUUUGUUUGUUUUUAUAAAAAAAAGUGUCUCAGAAUCAGAAGAAUUGUGCCUUAUAGUUCUAGGUUUAAAAUAAAAUAAAAAAAAGCUGCUCGUGAUCACCGGAAGUCAUACAAACCGGAAGUGUUGGUGCAGUGAUGAAACUCGCGCGGGAAUGAACGAGAGUGGCACUCAGCUGCUUGCUCGUCUGGAGGCCCGUCGCUGCCUGAAGGACAUCGAACCUCGUCUGUUUUCUGAGGAUGAGGGACCACAGCACGGUGAGGUGGUGGAGCUGUAUGGCGCUGAGGGCACAGGGAAGACCGAGCUGCUGUACCACCUCCUGUGUCGCUGCGUGCUGCCAGAGGCAGCUGGCGGACUGGAGGUGGACGUCCUGUUUGUGGACACUGACUACAGCCUGGACAUGUUACGACUAGUCAGCAUUCUGGACAGCAGACUGACUUCAGCCGGAUUGGAGGAGGCAGCCUUACGCUCCAGCCUUUCCCGUCUCCUUGUUGUUCACUGCUCCUCUUCCUCCCAGCUCCUCCUCACCUUGCACUACCUAGAGACCACCUUGAACUCACGGCCCAGCCUGGCUCUGCUUUUGAUUGACAGCAUUUCUGCCUUCUAUUGGCUGGACCGCUGCGAGGGCGGAGCCAGCAUCAGCAGACAGGAGGAGAAGCUCAGCAAGUGUGCGGAGCUGCUGGGACGACUGCUCAGGGAUUACAAAUUCACCAUCUUUGCCACCUGCCAUACCAUUAGGAGGAGUUCUAGUGGAUCGGCUGCGUCAUGCUCUUCCACUUUAGAGGCUGACCGACCGUAUCUGUGUCGCCCCUGGCAACGCCUUGUUACACACAGAGUGCUGUGUUCUCGGCAGGAAGCUGAAAACCACACAGCAGGAGGAAGCAGGGAGGAGAAAAGACGACAAGUGUUUCGUGUCCACUGCAGCUCCUCUUCCUCCAGGACAAAGGCUUCCAGGAUCAGCUCCUUCUGUGCCACCGAUGCUGGAGUGCAGUUUAUCUGAACUGAAGUUAUUUUUUAUGAAGAUGUUCUAGAUUUGUCUUUUGUUUCUAUGAAAAACUUUCUAAUAAAGUCUGAUAUUCUUAUGUGAAAGUGGAUGCAUUUGUUGUUUACAACGUGUGGCAGUUCACAAUAAAUGUUCUCCCACAAAACAA